ACACCAAAGCAAUUCUUGACCUAGCUUUUUUGAACUGAAUUUUCUAAAAUUAUGGCCUCCUUUUCAAACUAUUUUGGUGUGUUAUUUUUUAGUCUGUUGCUACAAAUUACUUAUCAAACGACARUAAGUACCACCUCUGGYGUGACUUCCGUUGUGGCGAYAAGUACAAAUGAAAGUAUGACGUCAGUACAAGGAAGUAUAAGCCCAACCUCGACACAAGCCCUCGUCUUCACUGAAAUAAGUACAAGUGAAAGUAUGCGGUCAGUACAAGGAAGUAUAAGCUCUACCUCGACACAAGCACUUGUCUCCACUGCAACAAGCGCAACUGAAAGUAUGCGGUCAGUACAAGGAAGUAUAAGCCCUACCUCGACACAAGCCCUCGUCUCCACUGCAACAAGCGCAACUGAAAGUAUGCGGCCAGUACAAGGAAGUAUAAGCCCUGCCUCGACACAAGCCCUUGUCUCCACUGCAACAAGCGCAACUGAAGGUAUGCGGCCAGUACAAGGAAGUAUAAGCCCUACCUCGACACAAGCCCUCGUCUUCACUGCAAUAAGUACAAGUGAAAGUAUGCAGCCAGUACAAGKAAGUUUAAGCUCUACCUCGACCCAAGCCCUCGUCUCUACUGCAACAAGCGCUGGUGAAAGUAUGACGUCAGUACGAGGAAGUUUAAGUGCUACCUCGACCCAAGCCCCCCUUUUUAYUUCGACAAUUUAUCCAGUCACCACAGGCCUCCCAUACUCCAAGCCUGUAAUCGUCCAGGGUCUAAAGGAUAUCAAUGUCAGAGAGGGYAUGAAACUAGUAAUGAAAUGCAAGGCCACAGGACAACCACAACCCUAUWUUAUCUGGCAAAAGGGAAAUAUAGAGCUGAAGAACACAUCGAGGAUUUUAAUCCAACCCGAUAACUCAUUAACCAUUCUGAACACCACAAGGCAUGAUGCAGGUCAAUAUGAGUGUAUUGCUAGGAACACCGCUGGCCUAGAAUCUGCAUCGACUGCUGAAGUCAAAGUGAACUACAUAUCCGAUGUUAAUAUAACUAUGGACAAGACUUCUCCACUACAUGAAGGGACARACAUUAAACUAAAAUGCUCAGUUCAUUCACAUCCACGGGUAUUUUUCACUUGGGCCAAAAAUGGCGAAGAAGUGGACGGUUAUAAGGUCCAAAUUACAGAAAAAAAUGGGUUUUAUGUUGGUGUUCUUCAUCGACGACAAAUAAAGCGAGAGAUGGGCGGAAACUACACGUGUGUGGCUAAAAACUAUGAAGUAGGGGUAACAAUAACAGCGAGUAAACUGCUACAUGUCCAUUUAGCUAGCAAGCCAACAUAUCCACCAUUAGAAGAGAUAGAGACCACGGCCCAUACGAUAACAGUACCGAUACACAACAUUAAAUACCUUGGCAACGGAAAGAAAGUCAGACAGAUACAGGUCAUAGUACAGCAACUUGAAGAUGACACUCUUCCACCAAGACAGCCUUCAUCGUACAGUCCUGGCGAGUUAGGACCUUAUAGUGGAAAAACAACACUACCUUACAUUGCUGCAGUAUUACACAUGGAUGAAUAUAAGAACCAUUUUAUUUUGGGAGAUGACCGUGUCUAUUCGGAGGGAAAUGGAGAUAAUAAAGUGCAGUAUCACAACGUUCCCUUGAGCCCUGAGAAGUACUACACAGCCUUCCAGCGAUUGGUUUCUGAARGUAACGACCAUGAGUCACUUGCUUGGAUCCAGCCAAUCAAAACAGCGCRAGAAACUAAUACCAAUACUUCAACCUCUAAGCUUGGUCUGAUACUAGGGCUGUUGUUYGCCGUCUUAGUGAUUGCUGUUGUCGCUAUCGUUCUUUGGAAAUACCUGAAUCGGAAAAAACCGAUAUCAGCGAAUAACAGCACCGACGCAUUGGAGAUGUAUCCUGAGAGAGAGUUGUUCGAGCCACCAGAACGUCCCCGAAGGCCGGUCCAUUUUUAAACAGCACAAGAUAGCUGGGCUACCUGUGGAAAUUGGCCAAGAGGGACUGAAAGUCAACCUUUGUUCAGUCUCCCUCUUUAUCCGCUUGCAACAGAAAGCCCAGAAAAGAAAAGGUACAGAUGUUUGCACAAAAGGCUAAGCUCAAGAACAUACUGCUAUUAAUGGAAUUAUAUUAGUUCAUAAAAACAUAUGUAAUUGCUAUUAUGCGUGAUUAUAAAACUCAAUUAUUUAACGUUAUUGUUGAUAACUAGGGCUACCUCAUUGAAUUGAACAACUUGAUAGAAAUUUCAGUUAGACCCACAAUACCAUGCGGGAAACAAAUUAGUGAUCAGUAAUGAGCAAUACCACUCAUCAGAAUAAACAAAAUGACUUUUCUC